GUGCCGUGAUCCUGAGCGUAUGCCCCUGGAAAAGCUAGGCAUGAGCACCUCUCUGAACUACAAGUCCUUUUCCAAAGAGCAGCAAACCAUGGAUAACUUGGAAAAGCAACUGAUUUGCCCUAUCUGCUUAGAGAUGUUUACAAAGCCUGUGGUCAUCCUGCCCUGUCAGCACAACCUGUGCAGAAAAUGUGCCAGCGACAUUUUCCAGGCCUCGAACCCAUACCUGCCAACCAGGGGCGGCACCACGGUGGCUUCGGGAGGUCGCUUCCGCUGUCCUUCCUGCAGACAUGAGGUGGUCCUCGACCGGCACGGCGUGUACGGGCUGCAGAGGAACCUCCUGGUGGAAAACAUCAUCGACAUAUACAAGCAGGAGUCCACAAGACCUGAAAGAAAGUGUGAUCAGCCAAUGUGCGAAGAGCACGAGGAUGAGAAAAUUAAUAUCUAUUGUUUGAACUGUGAAAUGCCCACCUGCUCCUUGUGCAAAGUCUUUGGCACCCAUAAAGACUGUCAGGUUGCUCCUCUCACAAAUGUUUACCAGAGACAGAAGUCUGAACUCAGUGAUGGCAUCGCAGUCCUGGUGGGAAGCAACGACCGAGUGCAAGGGAUAGUCACGCAGUUGGAGGAGACCUGCAAGGUAGUUGAGGAAUGCUGCAGACGACAGAAAGAGCAGCUGUGUGAAAAAUUUGAUUAUCUCUAUUCUGUACUGGAAGAAAGAAAAAAUGAGAUGACACAAACGAUCACUAGAACCCAAGAGGAGAAACUGGAACAUGUCCGCUCCCUGAUGAAGAAGUAUGCGGAUCAUUUGGAAGCCGUGUCAAAGCUAGUUGAAUCAGGAAUCCAGUUCAUGGAGGAGCCAGAAAUGGCUGUGUUUUUGCAGAAUGCCAAAACAUUGCUACAAAAAAUUACUGAAGCUUCUAAAGGAUUUCAAAUGGAAAAAAUAGAGGAUGGCUAUGAAAAUAUGAACCAAUUCACAGUGAAUCUCAGUAGAGAAGAAAAAAUAAUAAGAGAAAUUGACUUUGACAGAGAGGAGGAGGGCGAAGAUGAAGAGGAGGAGACGGUGGAUGGCGAAGAUCUGGAUGAAGUCCACACAGAGUCAUCAGGAGAGGAGGAGCAGGAGGAGGAGGAGGAGGAAGGAGCCAAUAGAGCACCACUGCUGUCUCAGCAGGACCCCGAAGCACCAAGUGCAGUCAGGGAGCCUCUGGCCGAACUGGCCCCACCGUCACCACCCGCCGCGCUGGCUGGCCAGGAUGAGGUUGUGACACCAAGUGGCUCUCAGCAGACUGCAGAGUCUGACAGUCCAGUGUCAUCCACAGCAGAAACCGUCGAUCCCCUGUUUUACCCUAGCUGGUAUAAGGCUCAGUCGCGGCAAUCAAGCAGUCUGAGCUCAACCCCGGUGAGCGGGUUGGGUAAAGUAGGGCCUCCUGUUUCUCUGGAAACAAGUGCACCGAAGGCAGAAGCCCCAGAGGUGACGGCCGUCAAGGAGAGCGCAGCGGGGAGUGGUAAGGAAAGUAAUACCACUGCGGCAACGUCCAAGACUGGUUCUGAACCAUCCCCUCAACGACACGUGGAGGAAACACCUGUGAGCCACCAGAGGGGUGAUGAGCCGGCUCGUCAUGUCUUCUCUUUCUCCUGGUUGAACUCCCUGAACGAAUGAUGACCCACUCGGGCUGGCUUCUGGUGUGCUUCUCUGAGGGACCGCAAGCGCGGGCAGCCUGCCUGGAGUCAACAAAGAAACAGACCUGGAAAGGGACAUCCGAGCAGGUUUCACUCGCAGGAACCCAGCUG